UUAAAAGUGAUUGGACCUUCCCAGCCCAUCCUUGUCAGAGUGGGAGAAGACAUACAGUUGACCUGUCACCUGUCUCCCAAGGCUAAUGCACAGAGCAUGGAGGUGAGGUGGGUCCGAUCCCACCGUUACCCUGCUGUGCAUGUGCACGUGGAUGGGGACCCUGUGCCUGGAGAGCAGAUGGCAGAGUACAGAGGGAGGACCACGCUGGUGAGUGACGCCAUCGACGAGGGCAGACUGACCCUGCAGAUACGCAGCGCCAGGCCUUCAGAUGAUGGGCAGUACCGGUGCAUUUUUGAAAAAGAUGGUGUCUACCAGGAGGCCAGUUUGGAUCUAAAGGUGGUAGGUCUGGGUUCUUCCCCGCUGAUCACCAUGGAGGCCACCAAGGCUGGAGAAACACAGCUGACGUGCUCUUCAGAUGGGUGGUUCCCGCGGCCCCACGUACAGUGGAGGGACACAGAAGGGAAGACAAUGCCACCAUCUUCUGAGAACCUGACUCAAGGCAGCCACGGGCUGUUCCACGUGGAGACAUUUCUGUUGGUCACGAACAUUACUGCUGGGAAUGUGACUUGUUCCAUCAGCAGCCCCCUUCUGAGUGAAGAGAAAACAGCAACUUUUUCUCUCUCAGGUUGGUGA